UGUUUUAUAAUGGUUGGUCAAAAUAUUUACAAAUUUCUUUGGCCAGAAAAACAAGUAUUUUUGAAUAGUAAAUAGUAAAACUCUCUUUUUUCGCCGUGGAGAUAAAGAGACGCUAGCCACAACUUUGGAAGUCGUAAUAGUUGGAGAGAGAAUUAGCGUCAAAUGGCCGAAUCGAACCCUAGAGAAGAAUCAGCUCUACUAGCUUCAAAAGUAUGCGAUCAGAUAAGCUCCGUCUUCUCCACAAAUUCCCCAAAUCCAGCAGCACUAGAUGUGCUGGUGCAAGAAAUCGCAGAUGCUGCUAACCGCAACGGCCGGGUAUUCGUAUACGGUGUGGGCCGUGAAGGAUUGAUGCUGAAAGCCCUAUCCAUGAGGCUUUUCCAUCUCGGUUUAUCAGCACACUGCGUCUUCGACAUGAACACUCCUCCAAUUGGUCCCUCCGACCUCCUAAUCGCUUCCGCCGGUCCAGGCGGUUUCUCCACCGUCGAUGCGAUCUCCGGAGUGGCCAAAUCUAGCGGCGCUCGUGUACUGUUGUUGACAGCUCAGCCUCAUUCGGGAUCUUCAAUGAAGUACGCCAGUGUUGUUGCUUAUAUUCCGGCUCAGACGAUGGCUGAUGAUAAUGCCGGUGACGGAGAGAAGGAACGGCCGCUGCUUCCGAUGGGGAGUGUAUAUGAAGGAGCGAUGUUUGUGCUGUUUGAGAUGGUUGUUUUCAAAUUGGGUGAAAUUUUAAAGCAGAGUCCUGAAGCUGUGAGAGCACGCCAUACCAAUCUGGAGUAAGCACAAGUUAUAAACAUACUUAAUCUGUUUGAUUAUACUUACUGAAUUCAGUACUAUGCUGAACAUAAAUUUUAUAUGUAAAAGUUUAUUAAAUUACUAUGUAAAUAUGUAAUGGAUUUAAAAAGAAAAAUAAAAACUUAAAAUUGAUUCCGUAGAACUAAAAUCCUGAAUUCGCAAUGUGAUCUUUUCAUGAUGAGUUUUGUAGACACAUAAAUUGUAUUGGAUUAAAUUCAUAUAAAAUUUGAAUUAAAUUCAUGAUCUUCGGGCUGAAUAAUUAAUUUGGCCUUUGCAAAUAAACAAGUCUAUCUUAUUAGAUUCAAAUGUAAGGUUCAUUUCACCUUGAAGUCCAAGCUCAUGCCACGUGUCACAGUGACUAGGCAUUCAAAACCAAAAUGGUGACGCCACGUGUUCAAAUGAGGUGGUAGUCUCAGUCAAAUGCAAGAAUGAAUAACAAUGCGCCAAGUGUUAAAAUGACAUCAUUUGGCCAAUCACAAGCAACCUUGUCCACUCCCUACAACUAUAAUUAGAGGAUAAACAUGACAUUCAAGGGGAUCCAGAAAACUCUUCAACAAGCAUUCAGCGAAUUGGAGAAAGCUACGACAUCAACAUCAAUAGUUCUUCGAAGGAGUGAUCAACGGAGUUCUUCGCGAAGAUCAACUUACAACGACGAAGCGCUUUUCGACGUCCUGAAGAUCGACAACAUCUCAAGGAGGUCUACAGCAUCCAACAAUUCGAGAAAUACGCUACUGAAGGCCCUCAAAUCGUGAAAAAACUUAGGAGAGAGAAUCAAGAGAACAACGGAAUUGUACUCACAACAAUUCAUUAAUAAAAAUCAUAUUAUUUUCUUUUA